AGCUCCAAAGUUCACUCCUUCACAGCUUCUCGACGGCUUUGGUCACCUCAGAAUUUAGGCCUCUUUUGCACCUUCGCCUUAACUCUGCCCAUUUGGGGCGGAGGGUUUGUUAGGGAGCCCAGUCCGCGGGCAGCACAGGCGCUGCCCAAAGCUCAGGACAGGACUUCGAAUCCUGCUGGGAUGGCGGCCUGCGUGUUGGGCAUCGACAUGGGCACCACGUCAGUGAAAGCUGUCUUGGUGGAGGAGAUGGUCCGGGGCCCGGCCGUGGUUGCCAGCUGUACCAAGGACACACAGGCGAAGGUGGACAGCCCUGACGCCGGGCCGCAGGGGAACGAGCAAGACGUCCACAAAAUCAUAGCUGCCUUAAACUCAUGCCUUGCGGACCUCCCCGGACAAGCCCUUGAACGAGUGUGCCGCGUUGGCAUCUCUGGACAAAUGCACGGGGUUGUAUUUUGGAAAACGGGUCGAGGUUGCAAGUGGACAAACUGUGGAUCCGGGCCGAAGUUUGAACCAGAUGAAGUCAGCCCCCUGGUCACCUGGCAAGAUGGCCGCUGCAGCUGCCCCUUCCUGGCCUCCCUACCCCGGCCGCGGUCUCACCUCAACGUGACCACAGGGCACGGCUGCGCCACAAUCUACUGGUACCUGAAGAACAGCCCCGAUUUCCUGAAGCCUUACGACGCUGCCGGGACCAUCCAAGACUACGUGGUGGCCAUGCUGUGCGGCCGCGAACGGGCGCGGAUGACCGUCCAGAACGCAGCCAGCUGGGGGUACUUCAACACCACGAGUAAAAGCUGGAACACGGGCAUCCUCCAAGAAUCCGGCUUCCCUGUCCGUUUGCUUCCCGAAGUGGUCCAGCCCGGAGACCUGGCAGGAGGAACCUCCCGCGUGUGGCACCGGAUCCCGAAGGGGACGGAAGUUGGAGCUGCCUUGGGGGACUUCCAGUGCUCCGUGUACUCCGGCAUGAGUGAGAACACAGACGCAGUCCUCAACAUUGGGACUUCCGCUCAGCUCACUGUCCUGAUGCCCUCUGGCUUCCAGCCCGGAGAGUCUCCGGAUCCUCGUUCGCCUGUGGCGUAUUAUCCCUACUUCGACGAUAGCUAUCUGGUGGUGGCAGCCUCGCUGAACGGGGGGAACGUGAUGGCGACGUUUGUCAACAUGCUGGUUAAGUGGAUGGCUGAGCUGGGAGUCCAAGUCUCGGAAUCGGACCUCUAUCCUCAGAUGAUCCGGGCCGCUUUGGCCCAAACCGAGCCUGGCCUGGCCAUCUGCCCGACCAUCUUUGGAGAAAGGCACUUGCCCGAGAGGUUGGCCUCUGUGACGGGCAUUGCGGCCUCCGGCCUCUCCUUGGGCCACGUGACCCGGGCCUUGUGCCGGGGCGUGGUGCAGAACCUGCAUUCCAUGCUGCCUUCGGAACGCCUGCGGGAGGCGGGGGCGAAGCGGAUCCUGGCCAGCGGCAGCGGCCUCUGCCGCAACAAGGUGAUGAGGCAGGAAGUGGAGAUGGCGUUCCCCUUUCCGGUGGUCUAUGGGGAAGAAGUGGACGCGGCAGUGGGCGCCGCCCUGGCCAUGCUGCGCAGAAAGUGAGGUCACGCUGGGCUUGGGGCUGCCGAAUCUCCUUCUGUUUGGGAUGAGGACAUGUGGAGUGCGGAAACGU